UCCCUCUCCCUCUCUAUCUUUCUCUCUCUUCUGAGCUUUCCGGCCGGAGGAGCCCUAGCUGCAUCAUUCUUCGGUUUAUCUCGCUUUCUCUCUCUCUCUCUCUACAGGGCUGCCUCUAGUGGCGGGGAUAGGGCUUAGGAGCGGAGCGCCACCAGAAAUGAAGAAUCUGUACCCCAAGACGAAGGGGAAGGUACACCCUUCUCCUUCGUUUCCUCACUCUUCUUCUGCCGCUUUUUCUUCGGCGUCGUCGGCAUCUGCUUCUGCUUCUUCGGGUUCUGGUUCGGAUGCGUCGUCGAUUCUGAAGGUGCUGCCGGCGGCAAUCCUGGCGAUGACGACGGCGAUGGUGAUGGAGGACCGCGAGGUGCUGGCGUACCUCAUCGCGCGGUCGCUGAGCUCGAUGCUGGCGCAGGAGGAGAAGCGGAGGUGGCGCCGGAGCCAGCAGCACCGCCCGGCGUUCGACUGCGGCUGCUUCGACUGCUACACGAGCUUCUGGAUCCGGUGGGACGCCUCGCCCAACCGGGAGCUUAUCCACGACGUGAUCGAAGCAUUCGAGGAGCAUCUCGCCAAGGCCGAGGGCUCGGCUGCUGCGGGGAAGAGGGCCAAGGGAAGGAGGUUCUCGGGCAAGAAUCGGUCGUUCUGGAUUUCUUCGGGCUCCGAUGUCGCUCCUGUCGCCGUCACGGACGCGGUUUCCGCGCCGGAGCGCGAGGAUCCGCCUCCGCCGACCGCUCUGGUGAAGGAAGAGCCCCCGAUGGAGGGAGAAAGCCCCCCCGAGGAGCGCGCUGUGGAGGACGAUGAGGAAGGCCGGGGGGAUGCAGCAGCUGAGGCGGAGAACGACGCCGGGGACGCCCGGAGGGUCGCGGCGCCGUCCCCUGGCCGAAGCUUGGUGAGGAAGCUUGUUCCGGACGUGAUGGGCUUCUUUGCUUCCCGUUUAUGGGCUGUUUGAACUCCGGUACUGGGAAAAAGUACCGUCAUUUUCGCUCCUUCCUUUUCCCCUGUCUUUUCCUCCCUUCUUUCUCUUUCUCCAAUAUAUAAAUUAUGGUUAGAAAUACACGGCACCCCCUCCGGCGAACAUCUCCAACCUCCCAGCUCCAUCUCCUUUUUUUUUGUGCUUUUCCGGCACUUAGGGUUUAGGGUUUCUUUUCCCCUCUUUAUCUUUGUACAGUAGUAAAUAUCAAGCUUAAAGCCUUCCAACA